AUGGCGACUCUUCUACCUCCCCCGUCGAAGCGUCAGAGGACGGAGACCGCUGAGCGGGCCCGUCAGCAGCAGGAGAUCCAGAGUAUCCCAGAGAAUUUGGGUAGCAUUCGUGUGCAAUUCUUCGACCAGGCGACGGGAUCUGCGACCGGGCCGGCGGUGUCCGUUCCAGUCGCUGAUGCCAGUGUGAAGAAUCUCGAGACUCUGUUGAAUACGUUACAAGGCAAUGAAGAAGAUGAGCGAGUACCGUACCGGUUCACAUAUCAAUCCGAUGGCAAAGACAAGAACGACCAGACAAUCGAUAUCCUCUCCGACUUGUAUCACUCCCUCUUGAAGCCCGGCUUGAAGACGACCGAAGAUACUGUACAUCUUUACUUCACUCCCCAGGCUGUGUUCCGCGUCAAGGCCGUCUCGCGAUGCUCCGCCUCGAUCGCCGGACACGGCGAAGCAAUUCUUGCGACCAGCUUCUCCCCUGUCAACUCAUCCACAAUGGUCACCGGCAGCGGUGACUCCACAGCUCGCGUCUGGGAUUGCGACACUGGAACGCCUCUGCACACCUUGAAGGGACAUACCAGCUGGGUGCUGGCGGUCAGCUACUCGCCUAACGGCGCCAUGAUUGCGACGGGAAGCAUGGACAACACUGUGCGCUUCUGGGACGCAAAGAAGGGCACCCCAUUGGGUGCGCCCUUGAAGGGACACGCCAAAUGGAUCACCAGUCUGGCCUGGGAACCCUACCAUCUUCAGCAGCCCGGCCGGCCGCGCCUGGCGUCCGCAUCCAAGGACUCAACGGUCCGCAUAUGGGAUGUGGUCUCGAAGCGCAUCGACACCGUCCUCACCGGGCACAAGGGCUCAGUGACCUGUGUCCGCUGGGGCGGAACCGGAAAUAUCUACACUGCAUCUCACGACAAGACUAUCAAGGUGUGGAAUGCUCAGAACGGCACCCUGCUCCAGACUCUCUCUGCGCACGCCCACCGCGUCAAUCACCUGGCUCUGUCUACCGACUUUGUCCUCCGCACUGCCUACCACGACCACACCGGCAAGGUGCCGCAGGCGGAUGCCGAGAAGAUCGCGGCAGCCAAGCAGCGGUUCGAGCAGGCAGCGACCAUCAACAACAAGAUUGUCGAGAAGCUUGUGUCCGCGAGUGACGACUUCACCAUGUACCUGUGGGAACCUGGGAAUUCCAGCAAGCCCGUUGCGCGACUGCUGGGACACCAGAAGGAGGUGAACCAUGUGACGUUCUCGCCGGACAUGGCGUACAUUGCGUCGGCGGGCUUCGACAACCACGUUAAGCUAUGGAACGCGCGUGACGGAAAAUUCAUCACGACACUCCGCGGCCACGUGGGCGCCGUGUACCAGUGCUGCUUCUCGGCUGAUUCCCGGCUGCUAGUUUCGUCGUCCAAAGACACAACCCUGAAGGUAUGGAAUGUACGGACGGGCAAGUUGCAAGAGGAUCUGCCAGGCCACAAGGACGAGGUGUUUGCGGUAGAUUGGAGUCCGGAUGGACAGAAGGUGGGAAGUGGGGGGAAGGACAAGGCGGUGCGGAUAUGGAGGAAUUAA